AUGACACCAGAAACAACCACAGCAGACCGCUCCAGAGAUGUCCCCAUCCACAACACCAUCGCCGAACCCCACCUAAUCCGCUCCCUCAUCAAAGAUGACAUCUACCUACUCGGCGGACAGGUCGCCAUCCUCUGUCAGUUCGCGCACCCAGCCCUCGCCAAAGGCAGCUUUAAGCACUCCUCGUUCGCGACGCGCAUCCCACAACGCCUCCGCAACACAGCCCGCUUCCUCAACGCCGCGGUAUCAGGAAACCCCGCCGAAAAGGCCGCCAUCUUCUCCGUCAUCCACAAGUACCACGCGCGCGUCAAGGGCGACGACUACGACGCCAACGACCCCGAGCUGCACAAGUGGACGGCUGCAACGCUGUUCUUCUCGAUCUUGAUUGUGCAUGAGGCGUUCUUUGGGGAGCUGUCGCUCGACCAGAAGGAGACUAUGCUGAGGGAGUCGGCUGUGUUUGGGACCUCCCUGCGCAUGCCACCUGAUAUGUGGCCGCAGAACCUGGACGAGUUCUGGGCUUACUGGGACCAUAAUAUUCAGACGCUCCAGGUCACGGAUAUGGCGCGCAAGCUGUGUGGAGAUUUGCUGUAUCCGUUGAAUUUGCCGCUUGCGAUGAGCGUUUCUAUGCCGCUGGCUCGCGUUGUGACUAUGAAUUGGCUGCCGGAGCGUUUAGCUGUCGAGUAUGAUCUGCGGCCGACGCUGGCGACUCAGGUUGCGUACCAGGGAUUUGUGUCGUGGACUCGUCUGAUGUAUCCGUUUAUUCCUCAGUAUUUGAGGCAACGGCAGCAUGAUAUGUAUGUCGAGGACAUGAAGAAAGCAGUAGAGAAGAUUUCCCAGACGGGACAUUGGGCGGGUGUCUAG